AUGAGCGUGUCCGACACAGAGAAAGGCGACAACGCCUUGAAAGAGGACAAGAAGAUGGAGGACACCAUUGACGACAAAAACAAGGAGCUCAUAGAGGUAAAACCCCACGACCCAGAGGACAACAACAACGAGAAGGAGAAGGAGACGGAGACACCCACACAAACAGCAUCAUCGGCCGAGCCAGAGGCCAAGAACGAGGGGAAGAAGGAACCAUCGAGAACUCCGGAGCCGGAAAGGCUAGCAGCGUCAAAACUACAGCCGCUAGAAGUAACAGAAGAGUACUUCGACUUCGAACAACACCUGAUGCGACAAGGAAUCGCGAAGAUUUUGAAGGGAAGAAAGAUAGCGACAACGAAGGAUGCAUUUUCUGGAGUGGCAGAACUGGCAGAGCAAUACAUGAACGAGAUCUGCACCCGUCUGGUCAGAUACACCCGUGUCCAGAGGAGGAAACAGCCUUCCAAGGCUGAUUUGCGGUUAAUGAUGCAAGAAUGCGCCAUCCGCACGGGAGAGCUGGAGCAGGAAAUGGAGGAAAGCCGUGAGUGGCCUGUGGAGGCAUUGGAGCUAUCAGAUCUGGGCAGUCUUCCCCGUGAUGAUCAGGCUGAUUACUAUACUCGAUAUUUUGAUGCCCGAGUCAUCCCCACAAGACAAAACAACAAGCUUGCGACGUAUCAGAACCCAAGAGGCGAUUACAAUGCACCAUGGCUUCCCUCAUUCCCUCCAGACCACACAUAUCUCGCCACUCCUCAAUACACAUCAGAGAUCCCCAACCCACGGGUGUUGCGUCAACGGUUGGUAGCGGAGGGUUCGUUGGCAGAAAAAGCAUUGCGAAACCUGGCUUGGACUGUGCAAGUGGAUCAGGCCAUGGUGGUCCACAUUGACGAGAGCGAUUUGGAUAAAUUGGAGGACAGACUGGAGGUUAAACAGAAGGGGGGCAUUAAUGGUGGAGGUGAUGUGUUUUCCAUUCUAGAGAACGACACUAACAAGGAGGUUAAAAAGGAGGAUUUCGGACUCGGAGAUGCACUGAGAGAUGGGGUUUCACGAGUCUCUACUCCAAAGUUGGAGGAGUCUGUUGAAUCUCCCAAACCCAUUAUCAAGCUGUCGUUCAAGAAGGAUACAGAUCCUGAUCCGUUUGGUCUCGGCAAGCCACUGAAGCCAUUUGACGUGGAGAAAUACCCCGAGGUGCUGCGCAAAAAGAGACUGCGAUGGAAUGAGGACGGAUCAGGUGUGGUCACCGAAGUGGGUCGUGCUGGAGCAUACGGUGCGGAUCUGAUGGAGAUCGAUGCCACUGGGGUUGAUGAAUGCUCUUCUGUAUUGGCUGAGAGCGAGAAUUGCAAGCGCAAGUCGCUGGAUCAGCAGUAUGCGAUGGCUCUGUAUUCCAUCCAGAAGUUGGGCGAGAGACGAAGCAAUGGCAGCAGUGCUACCGCUGAUAUUGGCAUUGUUAACUGGCGAAACGAUCGGUUCAUCAAAUAA